GUGCGAACGACGAGCAGACAUCGGCUCGGCGCGGCGAGGAGACGAGGAGACGAAGGCGUGGCGAGGCGAGACGAGAACAGCCGAAAUGGAGGAGAGCCAAACAUCGGAAAGUGUCGCCGUGCUACCGGACAUGUCCGAACCGUUGACGAGCGAGACCGAGGAGGCGACCACGCUGACGAGCGAGCACGAGGCGCAUCCCGUCGCGGUUACGACGAGCGUCACUGCAGUGCCGGGCGUAUCGGGUGUUUCCGGAGUCGGCGUGCCGGUUUCUCUGCCCGUGGGUUCUAUCAUCGGCGUAGCCAACUCGACCAAUGGCACCACCUUCAACGUCAUCACCUCGGAUCAGCUGCAGCUGCCGGGGUCGGGGCAGUUCAAGCAGAUGCUAUGCGUGGAUAAUGGGUUCAUUUGCGAACCCCGUCACGACAAGGACACGGACCCCCUACGUUGGAAUGGUGAGCUGAAGGCGACCCACAUAGUGAUCCAGAAUAGCACUGACGAGACAGAGACGGAGCAGAUACAUGUCUCCGCGCCCGCUUCCCAACCAAUCUACAGCUGGUCCGACUCGGCUAACCUGGCGGUCUUGCCCAUCAGAUGUAAGAACACGAAUGCAGAGUUACACAAAAGCAGAUUCGGCUCUGGCGGUAGGGGCCGAUGCAUCAAGCUAGGACAGAAUUGGUACACGCCCAGUGAGUUUGAGGCUCUCUGUGGUAGGGCAUCCAGCAAGGAUUGGAAGCGAAGCAUCAGAUUCGGCGGCAGGAGCUUGCAGACCCUCAUCGACGAGCAGAUCUUGAAGCCACACGCCACUUCCUGCACCUGCGCGGCGUGCUGCGACGAUGACAGCGCAACAGGACCGGUGCGGUUGUUCACGCCGUACAAGCGCCGAAGGAGAGCUAGGGACCCGUCCGACGGCGAACCAGCGUCGCGCAAAAUCAAAAGCGACAAUUCCCGGGACGGUAGCAACAACGACGAGAGCGGCGACGAGGUGGUCGUGUCCGACAAGGAGGUCUGGCCGCAGUUCGUCUCGACGGACGGGCUGGUUGUGCAGCAAUCGCAGGAGCAAGAUUCCGUCGUGCAGAACGUGCAGACGGAAAACGGUCAAGGCGACGACAUUUUUAAGAAAUUGGACGAGAUGUCGAGUAAGAUGAUAAAGUUCGCCUACGAGUUCCGACGUACUCUGGAGGAGGUGAAGGAACUCAACAGACAGCAGAGGCGGGAACAGGCGUUGGUCGCGCAGCUUGGCGGUGGGCGGACAGACGUGAUCGAGACUGUUGGCCUGCAACCGGCGUCCGACGCGCAUAACAAAAAAUGUGCCAAUUGCAAUCGGGAAGCGUUCGCAGAGUGCUCCCUGUGCAGACGAACGCCGUACUGUUCGACGUUUUGCCAGCGUAAGGAUUGGGGCAGCCACCAGAUGGAAUGCGUGAGGGGCGCGGCCGAGACGGUCAUGCUCAUAGUCGAGAGCAGCAGCGGAGAUACGAGCGCGCUACCGACGACCGCGACGGACCAAUAGCUAGUGUUUCUCACGCCGAUUCACCAAAGGAAUACGGGGAACGACGAAUCGAGCUUGGAAACGCCCAAGUGCAAAGAGGACUUGAAGUGCGAGUUGAAACGAGACUAAAACGAAAUGUACGCACAUGUACAGGUGUGUGUACGGUAGAAAAUAUUUUGUGGCGGUGUGAGAUGUGAACGUAAGUUGAAUUAUGAAUUUUUAUUCAUGAAUUUGCUACUUGCAAUUGGACGGCUUCUAAAAAAAAAAAAAAAA